AUGGGCCAAGAGGAGUCGACUCUCGUUGACGAGUCUGUCCCGCCAGAGACUCUCACCGAGAGAUCACUCUCCGCCGUGGCAGACUAUAUCAAAAAUGGCCCAAAGAAAAGGAUAGUUGUCUUGACGGGAGCUGGCAUUUCCACAGCCGCCGGAAUCCCAGAUUUUCGAUCCCCCAAGACAGGAUUAUACAAUAAUCUCGCACGCCUCGAUCUCCCUUACGCCGAAGCCGUCUUCGACAUAUCCUACUUUCGCACACACCCCGAGCCCUUCUACGUCCUGGCGCAGGAAUUGUACCCGGGAAAAUUCCACCCCACAAUCUCACAUGCAUUCAUUGCGCUGCUCGCACAAAAGGGCUUGUUGCAGAUGCUCUUUACACAGAACAUCGAUUGCCUCGAACGACGAGCAGGUGUGCCUGCUGAGAAAAUCAUUGAAGCACAUGGUAGUUUCGCCACGCAACGGUGUAUAGAGUGUAAAACAGAGUUCCCCGAUCACCUUAUGACGGAUCAUGUCUUCAAGGGCCAAGUGCCACGGUGUAAUGAAGAAGGAUGCGUUGGGACCGUGAAACCAGAUAUCGUGUUCUUUGGAGAGGCACUGCCCUCUAUAUUUAGAGACAAUGCGCAUCAGACGGCCAUGGCUGACUUGGUCUUGAUCCUGGGGACGAGUUUGACUGUACAUCCGUUUGCAGGGCUGCCCGAGAUGGUGAGAGACGGCAAGCCACGAGUGUUGUUCAACAUGGAGAGGGUUGGACAGCUGGGCCGGAGGGCGGACGAUGUUCUAGAGCUGGGGUCGUGCGAUGCUGGUAUUCGAAAGUUGGCGGAUGAGCUGGGGUGGAGGGACGAGUUGGAGGAGUAUUGGAGAAAGGUGGUUGGGCAUGAGGAGGCAGAGAGGCAAGUGAAGAGUGCGAAGGAGGGCCACGAGGUGGAAGAUGAGGUGCAGAAGUUGACUGAGGGUGUGGAAUCGGCACUGAGGCUUGAUGCUGAUAGUGAGGAUGAGGCUGGGCCGUCUAAUGUGGAGGGAGCUGACGAGAAGCCAGACGCCGAUCGAAGUCGUGAUGACCACAAGGACGAUGCUGGUAGGGAGUCACCGUCGGAGAAGGUGGAGGAGCCGUCUAAGCCGGAGUCGAGUGAGGAUAUCACCAAGACAGUUGAUGAGGCGCCAGCUACCAAGGCCACAGCUGAAACUGACUCUCAAAAGCCAGUUGAUGCUAAAAUCGAGGAGCGGGAGACUGAAAAGUCUACUCUUUAG